ACCACACGGCGCUGCAGCCCGCAAGACAAGCCGCCAACAUGAGUCUCUGCCGCCGAGUUGCCCUGACCCUCCUCUUCGCCCUGCUGGCUGGGAGCCUCUUGCAAAGCCGAGCUGCCCCCUUGACCGGGGAACUGCGCUGUCAGUGUGUCGAGUUGUUUUCUGGCCGGAUCCCUAUGAAACUCUUUGCCCGGAUAAAUCUCUAUCCCCCAGGGCCUCACUGCGCCAACACUGAAGUCAUAGCCACCACAACAGAAGGGAGAGAAGUCUGCCUGGACCCUGAGGCUCCUUGGGUUAAAAUGGCUGUCAAAAGGAUUCUGGAAAAGAAUAAAGAAAGGAACCAGCCAUGAAAGAAGAAAUUGAAUAUUGACAAAUAGAGCAGAUGUUGGUGACUUCCAAGAGAGAAGAAAUAACUCAGAGUCUGUGGAAGGAAGAACUGGAAAGUGAAUCCUGCAUUCCUUGCUUUGACAGCAGAGCCUCUGUUUGGAAUACUUUCCACUAUUUAUUAUUGCACCUUGUUUUUAUGUAUUUAUUAUAUAUUUAUUAUUCCUAUUUUUGGUGGUGUCUGUUCAGUUCAACAGUACUGCCUGCUGCUGUUAUUGCAGUCUGUGUAAUCAACAAAUGUGGAAUGUAAGUCACAGCAUCCAGAUGCCAGAUGCUCAAUUCCAGUGGGAAGUUCUCUUGCACAAGCCCUGUAGAAAUCAGGAGGAUUUGCCUCAGAGGGCUAUAGUGAGGCUGUUGGUUGCUCCAUGGGUGUUUGUGCAGGAGAAGUUAUCACUAGAUAGUGCCCAAUGCUGUUACUUUACAAGCAGGUAAAGUGAAUCUUCCUUCAUAUCAAGAUCUUCCUUGGAGGUCCUCUUCUCUGCCAGUAUCAAGUACGAGGGGGCAUGAGGCAGGGCCUUGUUUACUGUGGCAUCAGUAAUACAGAAUUCUUUUCUCAGGAAAGUUUGCCUUGCUCUUUCCCCAGUGUGGGGCAAAAGAGGUGGCUUUUCAGAAAGCAUUUUAGCUGUUCUGACCUGUAUAAUUUAUAAUGAUGUAAUAAUUUAUUGUGAGAGUGUUGCCAUUGACACUUUCUGUGAUGAUUUAUGGAGCGUCUGUCAGUCGUUAUUUCAAGGCUGUGUUUGUAUUUUCUGUUUUAAUGAUCUUUUUAAAGAUAUUGUAGUAUUUUUUUAAAAUGACUUGUUGGCCCCUUCUGGAUUUUUGAAUCAAAUUGAGAAAUAAUAAUAUUUUAAUAAGAUUUUUAUUAAUAAAUAUGAUGGCUGUGGUCAUACAUCAGUCCAGACUUGGAGUAUUUAUUUUCAGUAUUAGGGUUCUUGAUCUAGACUCUGGACGAUAGUACAUAAUGCUGUCUUAUUCAGACCUGGGAAAAUGACUAAUAUUUAUACCAAGAUGUGCCCACUUGGAGGUUUCUUGCUACAUCACUUGCUUGUAUCUCCUGACUAAAUAUUCUGAAGUUCUACCAAGUUAUGCAGAAAUGUUAAGAGCAAUAAUGUUGUAAAUCGACUAGUACAUUUUGAAAGUAUAUCUUCAUUCUGACAUACUGUCAGAAUAACUUCUCAGAAUAUUAGUUUGGUAUUAUUGUUGUUUUCCCCUUUGGAUUAGAGGAAAAAUACCUUUUUUUAUAAAAAAAUUGCACUACACAUUUUAA